UUAGUAGUGCCUAUUAGUUAUAGGUACCUAGUUCUAGGCAGUCUAAUUAGGACGCCGGGUCCACUACUUGGGCUGUCCCGUCUGAGCACCUACCUCCCAUCAUCCAUGGAUGGCUUCCGUUUCCGUCCUCUACUUUACCAUACUUAGACUCUCAUCCUUGCUUGAUCUUUAAUCUUUCAACGACUUUUCUGACAGUAUUUCCCAUAAAGUCCGACGGGGCAUACUAUUAGGCUGUUCUCUAUAUGGACGUCAUGUCUAUUUCGUCUUAGAUCACUCCCAUCCUCAACCCAUACCUACCAUACCAUAUACCGUACACAGUCUGCCAACCCUUUCUCCGCACCAACUACCUACCCUUACUCGAUAAUAUCCAAGACAGGCCAGUUCCGCACAGCACCAGCCUCUAGGCCCUGGUCCUGGCCUUGACUCGGUCUCGUCGCAAUCAAUCAAUCACGGGAGAGGACUGGCUGAACUCACUCACAUGUGCCGACAAAAGUAAACAUCUAUUCUCUACCUUGGCCAUAAGUUAAUUCCCCGCCAAUUUCACGUCAACAUAUUCCCCUCUCGCUCCUUUUCCUCUCGUCCCGAUUCCAGUUCCGGCUCCCUGGGCUGCGGGACACCCCUACGUAUCGGAAACACAACGGGCUUGUCUAACAUCUGUCUACCCGUUGUGACCGUUGUGAUCCAGCACCAGUACCAGCACCAACACCGGCUGGUCCCCUACUGGAUUUGGAUACUGGCCCAUCCGACAGCGCUCCCUAUUCUAGGUCUCUUCGCCACGGGCGGCAGCGGUAGCGUCAGAAUUGCGAGUGAGCAAGUUGUGCCUUGGGCUUCUGGGCUGGAUGAGUGGCUGAGACAGCCAGCGCAAGCAGUACAAGGUCAAUCUACACGCGAUUCGUCGCGUUACCUACUCGGGAUGGGACUUAUUUCUUGAGGCAGCUAUUCGACGUUAUUAACCAUCCUAUCACUUUCCCACUGCAUUUCUGCCAUUCUUCAACUUGGCGAUGCUCAUUUACCUGGCCUUUUCUUCCGAUCUACCGCCCCUAUUGUUUCAAGCUCUGAUGCAACACACGACUGUCAGGGUUUCAAUCAACAAACUGACCCAGGUUUCCAAUAGCGGUUCGCUACUUGUUUCAUAGCCUGUGGCAUUGGGCGAGCGCAAUUGCUAUCUCCAUCACUACUUAUAUAUUGGAAUCAGGGUAUAUCCGGUACCCACCCGCCUCCACGAACUCCGUCACCGUGCUACCGAUCUCACUGCCCCGGACCUAUCGAUUAUCGACGGUGUCCAGCUCUCGGCAAGACACCGUCGUGAUUCAAAAGCCCUCAGCGACCAUGGUCUACUGUGGGAAAGCCUCUCAGGGCUGCCAGAACUGUCGCGUGCGACGUAUCAAGUGUGACAAAAUCAAACCGGAAUGCUCACAAUGUAUUCGGGUUGGGAAAAAGUGCCCUGGUUAUCGUGACCAGCUCUCCCUCAUGUUUCGUGACGAGAGCAGCAAGGUGAUACAAAAAGCACAUGCACAAUGGGGUGUUGGCGAAUCCUCUGAGGGCCUAUCAACACAAACAUCCUCCAGCUCUCUGGCCUCUUCUUACUCGUCCAACAGCUCUACACAAGCCUCUUCCGUUUCUGCUUCUUCCUCUAUAACAUCUCUACACAGCUAUCCUGGUCCCGCAGCAAUAGCAUCCUCCUACAAAUCAUUCAAAGAUGGCUGGCCAACGUCUCCUGCUUCAACUGCGAGCCAGCAAACACCAUCGCCGACCCCUCAAUCUCCCGCUUCAUCUUUAUAUCAUACGACCUCAAAUGUUUCCACUGUACAGCCUAUCGUUAUACGACCACCAAGGCUUUCGCCGCCAAUCGAUCCAAGUCUCGAGGAGCAGGGCGUUCAGUUCUAUGUCAACCGUUACCUAAUAGGCCAUCCAGAUGAGCCCAGGUCCCCCGGCGAUUUGUCACACACGGAAUGGCUAUGGGACCCUGCUGUUCAAGACGUAAUGGCCGCGGUUGGCCUCGCUAGCCUUUCCAAUCUCAAAGACGAUCCCAGCAUGAUGACGAUAGCCCGUCAACAAUAUGGGUUGGCUUUGCGCCAGACUGGCCGCCUCGUACAGACCUCGAGCAUGCCGGAUUUUGAGGUCACGAUGCGCUCCGUCGUCAUGCUUGCCAUGUUCGAGGUUUGUGCCCCGACCCCUAAUGCUAGCCAACACACCCGCAUGCUUGUCAAAGGAGCCUAUCAAGGACUAGGGCACGUUCAUGCGCACGUUAUGGGCGGGCUUGCUCUAUUGCGACGAUGGCUACCUAUGCCAGCGGCCGCUUUCCUCGGUGUUCGUGCCAUGGUACAAAUGUCUUAUUCUCUUUUUAUACCUGCUCACAUGUCCGCAACACCCCUGCCGGACCCCCUAUUCGAAUGGAUUUCGUUUGCAAGAACCCUCCUUGACCCAGCCGAUCAUCCUGCUACCGAUCUCGGCCCAUUAAUUGGGCGAUUCAUUCAGGUCUCAACAUACAUCAAGACUCAUGCUCUGGUCGACGGUCGUUCUAUCACAGUGUCCACCUUGAAGCAAUUAUUAGAUAUCGACGAGUCAUUCCUUAGUUGGGAACGAAAUCUUGGACCUACUUGGCGAUUUCGCGAAGAGAAAGCGGAACACCUACCACCAGCUGCGGUAUUCGAUGGCGCGUGUCAUGUCUAUUUCGACAUGUUUGUUGCACGGAUGUAUGGACACUACCGAUGGGCGCGUACUCUCUUGAAUCAGGCAAUUAUCGAAUUCAUCAAGGCGUACCCCAAAUCUAGCGCGCCCUUGAUCUCGCUGGCCGAAUACGGACAUCGAUACGAGAUCGUUAGAAAACUCGCCCGCGACACUCUCGUGAGCACCCCAACACAUUGGCGACACCCGCUUCUCACCGAAAAGGCUGCCAUACCAGUCGAGAGACCAGGAGGGGCGGGCUCUGGCUCUGCUGGGCUUCCCGUUGUUCUAUUUCACCUUCAAGUUGCUGCCUGUGCUCCUGGUGUCCCAGAAGCAUACUGGGACUGGGUUGUGGCAGUGAUGGAGUGUAUAUGGAGUGAUAUGGGUAUUCUUCAUGCCAAGUGCAUGAUGGACACCAUGAAGGCAUAUCGUGACUCGCUGAAGAUAAAGAAGGAAGUGAUCGAAAGCAGUGUGCGGUGAUGAUAACUCGCCCAGGCAUCGGUGUGGUUAUGAAUAAAAUCAUGGAAUGUCUGGGACAGUACGAAUGCAUCUUGUUCGGUGUUUACUGGCUUUGUGGGCUGCAUUGACAUCGAGUUUCUUCUUUUGGGUACCUAGGGGUAGAAAAACUGACAUCGAGCGUCGUUCUUCACCCGGAGUUGGCUGGUUUGGGUAUUGCAUCUGGACUUUUAGGUUCACGGAAGGUUAUGGUUAACGAAUAUUGGGUGCAUGGCCACUUAUGCUUGUGGUAGACAUGAUAACUUCUCAGCCUCAGUGUUGCUACUCGCACCUGAGGCCUUUAUAUUACACAACUUAUGUUGAUAAACUCUUUCUUUGUCUAUAGUAUUAUCAGAGCUUAAUGGAAAUGACCAUGGCUCAGACAUUUUAUACUAUUCAAAAUCAUUAACACACUCACU